GAACAUUUCUGCAACCUUUGCUCCUUUGCUCUUGCUCCAAACAUGUCGAAAAACGGUUUAAGAAAUGGUGCACGAAAACUGCGACGGCGACGCUCCAUGGAUGUCGUGGACGCAAAAGAAGCAGUGGAUCUCGCAACAGCGCAAUCAUAUUCAGAGAAUGUUUUUCUCUUCGUUCCCAAUCUCAUUGGCUACACGCGCAUCAUUCUCGCUGGCCUGUCGUUGCACUUCAUGAGCUAUCACCCCAAGUAUUGCACUCUCGCAUACGUGGUCUCGUGUCUUCUCGAUGCUGUGGACGGGCAGGCAGCUAGGGCCUUGGGACAGACCUCGAAAUUUGGCGCUGUUUUGGAUAUGGUAACUGACCGAUGCACCACGUCGUGUUUGCUGUGUUAUCUCUCAUCGGUGUAUCCAAGUUAUGCUAUCGUGUUCCAGUUUCUCAUUGCGCUAGAUUUUAGCAGCCAUUAUAUGCAUAUGUACAGUUCUCUAGUGACUGGAUCCAGGAGCCACAAGCUAGUGACAAGUGAUGUCAGUCGUAUUUUAUGGUAUUAUUAUAACGAUUCCCGCACGCUUUUCUUCAUGUGUGCCGGGAACGAACUCUUCUUCGUAUCGCUCUAUCUCAUGAAAUCGGUGCACACUCCCAUCGGCCUCGGGGCUUAUUCGACAUUCCUGGCCGGCCUAACAUACCCUCAGUUGAUGGCUUGCUUGAGUGCUGGUGUAUGUGUUGGGAAGAAUGUCAUUAAUAUGGUGCAACUAUGGAAGGCAUCAAAGAUACUGGUGGGGGUGGACUUGGCAGAGCGAGCGAGUGCAAGAGAAGGGAAGAAGCUGGAUUCGGAGUAGAGGACUGCACCUAAAUAUUAUCUGGUUGCUGCAUUUUUAACAUAUAUAUUCGUAUGUUGCCAAAGUACUAUAGAGGUCUUGUAAUUUCCUUUCUUUUUAUUCUCAUGCAGACUCAUCUGCAACCUGAAAUGCAUUUUGCGAUCGGAGUG